AUGUUUACAACAACUAAUGUGGCUGCUACAACAGCAUCAGUCGGUGGCGGAGGUGGUCCAGUCGCUGCUGCUGUUCCACCAACAUUUCAGUUAAGUAGUACGCCAAUCACUGGUUCAUCAUCAUCAUCAUCAUCAUCGUCAACAACUCCAACUACUUGGCGAUUAAACCCUUCAGCGACAACAACUAUAAUCAAACAACCAGCAACGGUUUCUAUCGUUAAUGAUUAUAAAACUGUUGGAACAGCAACAACCUUACCUCUCAAUUCAACCGGUGUCACAGUGCCCACAAUUGGAAAUAAGAUUUAUAUGGUCACAACGACGGCAACAAAUUCUUCUCCGAUUAGUACAAUUCCUGGCGUCACACGUAUUCUUCAAGCACCUCAAACCGUUCGUUUUAUUUCAUCAUCAUUACACACACCACUAUCCACUCCAACUUUAACGAUCCUAAAUAACAAAAUUCCGACGGUACUAAACAAUCCUCGACAAAUUAUCACGCCAUCAAUUACUUCAAUUUCGACUAAUUCCAAACCGGGUAUUUGUAUUGAAACAGCGGUUCUUGGCGGACUAGCGCCAAUUUCAAUUCAACAACAAAAUACGAAUAUAUCUCUUGUACAACAAUCCCGCUCAUUGACUACCCUUAUUCCAAGUAAAAUUACAAAGAAAGUUGACGAACAGGAUCAUUCAUCAUCUUCAUGUACAGUAAGUAGUGAUAAUAAUAGUGUAACAAAUAUUCCCCAAGAUGAAGAAAUUGAAAUCUUUAUCAAUAAUGUUGUCUGUACAUUUGCACUUGGUUGCAAAUUAAAUUUACGUAAGAUAGCGAUGGAAGCUUCGAAUGUGAUUUACAAACGUGAACAAUCGAUGGUAAUGAUGAAAUUACGAAAUCCACAUUGUACAGCCAACGUCUGGUCAUCGGGCAAAGUAACAGUAACGGGAACGACGAGUGACGAUGAUGCACGGCGCGGCGCACGACGAAUCGCACGAUCACUGCAACGACUCGGCUUCAAAGUUCAUCUUCGACACUAUCGAGUGGUCAAUUGCCUGGCAUCAUGUUCGAUGCCAUGGCCAAUUGAUAUCGUCAAAUUGAGCCGGUUGUAUCCAGAAUCUGUCAGUUACGAACCUGAAAUUCAUCCGGGUGCUACAGUCAGAUUGACAGAGAAAGCUGUUUUAAAGGUAUUCACAACUGGUAAUUUAACCAUUACAGCGCCAUGCGUUGAACGUCUUAACACAGCAGUCAAUGAAUUCUAUCCAAAACUUUAUGAAUGUCGCAACCAACGACAAUACUGA